CCUCACCUUACUUUCCUUCUCGCCCACUUCACUCAGCUGGUUCUAAGGUUUCUGUAUAAGUAAAAAGACUCCUUUUCUUCUUCUUAAUUUGGGUCUUGAGAGAGACAGGCAAUGGCGGCUCUGCAUUUAUUUCUGGGAGCUUUGGCUUGUUUCAGUGUUGUUCUUGUGAGAGCAGAAGAUCCUUACAGAUUCUUCACUUGGGAGGUUACCUAUGGAACCAUAUCUCCUCUUGGCGUUUCUCAAGAGGGAAUACUCAUCAAUGGGCAGUUUCCAGGUCCACAAAUUGAUUGUAUCACUAAUGAUAACCUUGUCAUUAACGUUUUUAACAAGCUUGAUCAGCCUAUCCUCUUUACGUGGCAUGGAGUCAAGCAAAGGAAAAAUUCAUGGCAAGAUGGAGUGCUUGGAACCAAUUGCCCCAUCCCUUCGAAUUCGAACUUCACCUACCAUUUCCAGGCAAAAGAUCAGAUUGGGACCUUCUCGUAUUACCCAUCAACUUUGAUGCACAAAGCCGCCGGCGGCUUUGGGGGAUUGAACAUCUACAAUAGGUCCGUGAUAACAGUCCCAUAUCCCAACCCUGCUGCAGAGUAUACUCUGCUUAUAGGUGACUGGUACAAUACCAGCCAUAAGGUGCUACAACAAACUUUAGACUCAGGGAAGACUCUUUCUCUUCCUAAUGCUAUUCUUAUAAAUGGUCAGAAGAGUUCUUCUUCCUUUACUGGUGAUCAAGGAAAGACUUACAUGUUCAGGGUCUCAAAUGUGGGUUUAUCAACCUCAUUCAACUUCAGGAUUCAAGGCCAUAAGUUGAAGUUGGUUGAAUGUGAGAAUUCUCAUACUGCGCAAGAAAUCUAUGAAUCUCUUGAUGUGCAUGUGGGGCAAUCUGUGGCUGUCCUGGUAACCUUGGAUCAGCCAUCGAAGGACUAUUUUAUUGUCGCUUCAUCCCGAUUCACAAAGCCUAUUUUUACUGCAACUGCAGUACUUCACUACUCUGACUCUAAGACUAAAGCUACAGGACCUUUGCCUGUUGGUCCUACUUAUCAUAUUCACUGGUCUAUGAAGCAAGCUAGGACUAUUAGGUGGAAUUUGACAGCAAAUGCAGCCAGGCCUAACCCUCAAGGAUCAUACCAUUAUGGAACAAUCUCAAUUUCAAGGACAAUCAUAUUGGCAAACUCAGCAACUAAGUUGAAUGGAAAGCUACGAUAUGCCGUAAACAGGGUGUCCUAUGUUAACCCAGAUACUCCUUUGAAGCUCGCUGACUAUUACAACAUUUCGGGUGUCUAUGAUUUGAAUACCAUCCAGGACAAACCUACAUCUGGCCCUACAUACUUUGGCACCUCUGUCAUAGGAACAACUCUCCAUGAUUUUGCCGAAAUCGUCUUCCAAAACAAUGAGAAUACCAUCCAAUCUUGGCAUCUUGAUGGUUAUGACUUCUGGACAGUUGGCUUUGGGUCAAAGCAAUGGACACCGGCCAUGAGGAAACGCUACAAUCUAUAUGAUGCUGUGGCCAGAUACACUGUUCAGGUGUAUCCAAAUUCUUGGAGUGCAAUUCUGGUGUCUUUGGAUAACAAGGGUAUGUGGAACUUAAGAUCUCAAAUUUGGGCUAGACAGUAUCUUGGACAACAAUUGUAUAUCAGAGUCUGGAACAAUGAACAAAGCUAUUAUACAGAGUAUGAUAUCCCUCAAAAUGCAAUCCUUUGCGGCAGAGCUACAGGUCGACGAAUAUAGAAAGCCCAUCCUAUGUAAUUUGUGGGUUCCCCCCCCCCCCCCCCUUUUCAAAAUUGAAAUCUUUGUAGUUACAUAGUCACGAGGGUGUGACUAUUAGAAAAGAAAUGAAGAGUAAGA